CCCAGCCUGCGGAGCUCGGGACCCGCGCUCGGCUCCCUCCCGCGCUCACGCCUCUCGCCUUCCCUUCGGGGAGACCUGACCACUCCCCCGCCAACCGCAGGCGAGACCUGGCCUCCCGCCCGGGUCCUCCGCCCGGCGCAGGUGCAGGUGCGGCACCCCACCUCUCUCCCACCCAGGCACAUUCCGCUGGGCGGCCAUGGCUCGAGGAGACACCCCGCAGGACAGCUACCACCUGGUCGGGAUCAGCUUCUUUAUCCUGGGGCUGGGCACUCUCCUGCCCUGGAACUUCUUCAUCACGGCCAUCCCGUACUUCCAGGGGCGGCUGGAGGGCACCAACAGCACCACUGGGACCCUGUACACCAACCACACGGGUCCUACGGACACCUUCAACUUCAACAACUGGGUGACACUGCUGUCCCAGCUGCCCCUGCUGCUCUUCACACUCCUCAACUCUUUCCUGUACCAGUGCAUCCCCGAGACGGUGCGGAUUCUGGGCAGCCUGCUGGUCAUCCUGCUGCUCUUUGCCCUGACGGCGGUGUUGGUCAAGGUGGACAUGAGUCCUGGGUCCUUCUUCUCCAUCACCAUGGCCUCCGUCUGGUUCAUCAACUCCUUCUCUGCAGUCCUGCAGGGCAGCCUCUUUGGACAGCUGGGCACCAUGCCUUCCACCUACAGCACCCUCUUCCUCAGCGGCCAGGGCCUGGCUGGGAUCUUCGCUGCCCUUGCCAUGCUCAUGUCCAUGGCCAGUGACGUGGAUGCCCAGACCUCUGCCCUGGGGUACUUCAUCACGCCCUGUGUGGGCAUCUUCGUGUCCAUCGUGUGUUACCUGAGCCUGCCCCACCUGGAUUUCGCCCGCCACUACCUGGCCAAGAAAUCAUCCCAGGCACAAGGUCAAGAGCUGGAGACCAAAGCUGAGCUCCUCCAGUCUGAUGAGAAGAACGGGAUUCUCAACAGCCCCCAGAAGGCAGCCCUGACUCUGGAUCUUGACUCUGAGAAGGAGCCAGAACUGGAGCCUGAGGCACCCCAGAAGCCAGGAAAGCCUUCGGUUUACAUUGUCUUCCAAAAGAUCUGGCUGACGGCGCUGUGCCUUGUGUUGGUCUUCACAGUCACCCUGUCCGUCUUCCCCGCCAUCACGGCCAUGGUGACCAGCUCCACCAGUCCUGGGAAGUGGAGUCAGUUCUUCAACCCCAUCUGCUGCUUCCUCCUCUUUAACAUCAUGGACUGGCUGGGACGGAGCCUGACCUCUUACUUCUUGUGGGUACCCCUGGGGGAGAGGCCCCGUUCCCGGGGACCGCCCUCACGCCAGCUUCCGCCGCAGCCGGACCAGGACAGCCGGCUGCUGCCCUUGCUCGUCUGCCUGCGCGUCCUGUUCAUCCCACUCUUCAUGCUGUGCCACGUGCCCGAGAGGUCCCGGCUGCCCAUCCUCUUCCCGCAGGAUGCCUACUUCAUCACUUUCAUGCUGCUCUUUGCUGUUUCCAAUGGUUACCUGGUGUCCCUCACCAUGUGCCUGGCGCCCAGGCAGGUGCUGCCACAUGAGAGGGAGGUGGCCGGUGCCCUCAUGACCUUCUUCCUGGCUCUGGGGCUGUCCUGUGGAGCCUCCCUCUCCUUCCUCUUCAAGGCGCUGCUCUGAAGUGCUCCAUCCAGGGCUCUCCCAGCCGCUCUCUUCUCGCUGCUGCUUUCAGAGCCGAGACCCAGCCCAGGGGAAUGGCGACCUGGACUCAAGCCUCUGCUGGGCUGGGGCCCCUUGGUCUGGAGGUGCCAGGAGGAGGCAGGUGCUGCUCUCCUGCCCGGGCUGGCGGCCACUUGGGGUGCUGCAAGGAAGAAUUCACCACCAGUCAUUCCAACCCUCACCCAGGAAUGGAGGUGACACACACAGACACCCAUAAGACCUCGCCGAAAGGGUGACAAUCAGAGAAAAGAGAGCCGAGGGCCACGGCCCCUCCUCGCCAUCAGGAAUUUGUUCAUCGCAAGAAACCUACCUGCUAAUCGCCGCGGAUCAGAGGCUACUAGCGAGGUCUUGCCAAAGGUGUGGCUGGUGUGGCCCCAACCUCAAGUUCAGAGUGGACGUGGGAACCAACCCAGGGCGGGAGCUCUUCUUCUCUCCAGGCCUCAGCAACCCAUGGUCGAGUCUGCUGGACCCCAGGACAGAGGAUGCCAGGGAGGGUGAGGGGAGCAGAGAGAGGAACAGGUAUUAGGGAUCUACGGGUGCUCAGAGGACCCCCUGGGCCUCAAACAGUGUUUUCGUUGCCAACACUUACUGUCUCCAUUUCCCAGAACUCCGCUGGGCCUGGUCCCAGGUUCGCAGUCAGCCUGCAUGCGUGCACUGCACUUUACAGUUUGUAAAGCUCUCCUACACCAUCUCUCUCACGGAAGCCACAUUGAGGCCCUCGGAGGGAGCCAGGCAGGGAUUGUGCUCCCCCUUAGUACAGGUGAGGAAACCGAGUCCCAGGAUCAAGGUACCGGUCCGUGGCAGAGCCGGGACCCAGCCCCCACCC